AAGCUGAAGGCUUGGUGAAGGAUCCUCCAUUAGAAUUAGAAAAAAAACAAAUGCAAUUUUAUUGAAAUUUGAGAUAAUAUAUGUAUUUUAAAUUUUUUUCACAAUAUAAUAAAUUUAAAAAUCAAAUGUCUUUUGCGUUGAGGCUAAUCUAGAGACCUAUACAAAGAUGAAACGAAAAGCAAAAACUUUGAAUAUCAAAUGUGAUGGUGGUAAAAAUACUAAUAUUAAAAAAAGUAACAUUGGAGAAACAAUAGAUAGCGGAAAGAAGAAAGUAAAAUUUGAAAGGUCCUUAAACAAGAAAGAGACCAGUUCAAAAAUAAAGCCAAAAGCAAAAAAUUUGAAUACUAAAUAUGGUGAUAGUAACAAAAAUAUUGAUAUAAAGAAUAAUAUAGAGGAACCAAUAGAUAGUGGAAAGAAGAAGAAAGUAAGAUUUGAAAAGUCCUUAAACAAGAAACCCACAGAGAUCCACUCAAAAAUGAAGCAAAAAGUAAAAAAUUUGAAUAUUGAAUGUGAUGAUGAUAGUAAAAAUACUGAUGUUUUAAAGAAUAACAUUGAAGAAGAAAUAGAUGGUGGAAAGAAGAAGAAAAUAAAAUUUGAGAAAUCCUCAAACAAGAAACCCACAGAUAAAAGUGUAAAGAAGCUUUCUUCAGUUAACAAAGAUUCAAAAGAAAAAAGUCCGAAAGCAGUUAAACAUAAGACUGCAACUGAAAAGACAGAUUGGCUCAAGCUAAAAAGAGAAAAGAAAGAGCUCAAAAAGACACGCAAAGCCAAGAAGAUGAAUGAUGACAAACUAUAUAACUUAGUUAUUCAGGCUAAACAGAUUAACGAGAAGUUACGUAGAUCCGACUGCACUCAACAAGAUCGUAUAAAGUUAACACGAACAUUACACAAUCGGUUGGAAGGUCUCUACAGCAAAAUAAUAUUCACACACGAUAUGUCGAGAGUGAUUCAAUGUAUGAUCAAGCAUUGUGAAGGUGACAUUCACCAAGCUAUAUUUCGUGAGGUGAAGUUGUCUAUUGUAGAAAUGUUACAGUCAAAAUACGCGAAGAACUGCGUUAAAACUAUUUUAAACUAUGGCUCGCAAGAAAUAAAAAAUGAAAUUGUGCCUGCCUUUUAUGGUAAUGUCGUUAAAUUGAUGAGUCACACUGUAUCAGCCCCCAUUAUCGAGUUCGUGUACUCUUCCUCUUGGUGUAAAGAUCACGACAAGAUAUAUUUUAAGCAAGAAUUUUAUGGCGACAUGUACAAACAGGCAAAAGACAAAGCUGUUAAAACAUUGUCGGAUGUAUUCGAGACUGCAAGGGAUAUGAAAUCAGCUACAUUAUCUGCUGUGAAAACAAACCUAAUUAGAAUCUUGAAUAAAGGUCUCAUUCAUUCGACUUUGCUGCAUACAAUCCUACGGGAAUUUUUUGGUGUAUGCUCGACAGAAGAUAGGAACGAGUUGAUCGUCAUGUUGCGUGAGUUUAUCGUAGCGUUAACCCAGACAAAAAUGGGAGCGAAGGUCGCCGUGCAGUGUAUAUGGCAUGGUAACAACAAAGAUAGGAAGAUAAUUCUGAAAGCCUUCAAAGAAAACAUAAAGUCGAUCUGCACGUCUGAAUACGGUUACACAACGUUGUUGGCGCUUUUUGAUGCUAUGGAUGACACCGUUAUUGUAAAGAAGAUAGUACUAACCGAAUUGCAGAAAGACCUAGUCGAUAUCGCGCUAAACGAGUAUGGGAGACACGUUAUAUUGUAUCUCGUGGCCAGGAGGGACUCUCAUUAUUUCUCACCGAAUAUCGUGGAAUAUUUGCGCCAAGGAGAUAGCAAUCCUACAAGCAAGAAGCCAGCCGAUGUCCGGGAGAAAGAGCUUCUUGAAGCCAUUAAAAAACCGCUUCUCGAGGCAAUAACGGCAGAUGCGGCUACGUGGUUAUCGAACAGUGCCAUAGCUAUGGUUACCUUGGCAGUAUUGAAAGUGGGAUCGGGAGAGAAAUUGAACGACGCGUUCGAAUCGGUUGCGAAAUUUAUUAGCAGAAUAGAUUCGAACAUCCAGCAUGGUGAUGCCGAAUGUAGCGCGGUCGAACAUCCAGGCUUGCAUAUGAUGUUGAAGAAACUUAUUCAGAAUGAUAAGGAAUUAUUGAAUAAGGCCGAACCUACGUUCGGAGAGACAUUGAUAUCACAGUUGGAUGCAGAAAUCUUAGAAAAAUGGAUAGAAUUUAAUAGAGCCUGUUUCUUGUUAGUCUUUCUCGCAGAGAAUGAAUCUGAAGAAGUAGUAUCUAUGUUGUUCACCAAAUUGAAACUUCUAGUGAAGAAGCUCAAAUCAAAAAAAAGUCCUGGAGCAUUGAUAUUGUUAACAAAAGUGAACCAGAGAGCAACAUUAUGAUAAUUUAUAGGGUUAAAAAUAAAAAUGUUUAUAAAAAAUGGUUUAUACAUGUAUGUAAUUAUAAGUUCUUUAUAUAAAUGUCUUUAACCCUU